GUCACGAAUCUGCUCUAAAUGAAAAGUGGAGAAACGUAGCAGCGUGACCACGCCGGGCAGAGAGAAUAUAAAUAAUACCAAGACUGAAAGCAGAUUUAUAUCAUGGCUGAUGAUGAAGGAUUUGUCGUCCGUGUUCGGGGCUUGCCUUGGUCAUGCUCCGUAGAAGAAGUAUCCAGGUUUUUUUCAAGCUGCAAAAUUGGCAACAAUGGAACAGCCAUCCACUUCACAUACACGCGGGAAGGCAGACCGAGUGGAGAAGCUUUCGUGGAGCUCGAGUCAGAAGAAGACCUUAAGAUUGCGGUCAAAAAAGACAGGGAGACAAUGGGGCAUAGAUAUGUAGAAGUAUUCAAAUCAAACAAUGUGGAAAUGGACUGGGUUAUGAAGCACACAGGUCCGAAUUGUCCAGAGACCGAGGGAGAUGGACUGGUCAGACUUCGUGGCCUUCCUUUCGGAUGUAGCAAGGAAGAGAUUGUUCAGUUUUUCUCAGGGUUGGAAAUCGUGCCAAAUGGGAUAACAUUGCCGGUGGACUUCCAGGGGAGGAGUACGGGGGAGGCCUUCGUGCAGUUUGCUUCACAGGAUAUAGCUGAAAAGGCUCUAAAGAAACACAAGGAAAGAAUAGGGCACAGGUAUAUUGAGAUCUUCAAGAGCAGUCGAGCUGAAGUGCGGACACAUUACGAACCCCCACGUAAAGGCAUAGGGAUGCAGAGACCUGGGCCUUAUGAUCGACCCAGCGGUGGAGGCCGGGGCUAUAAUGGAACGAGUCGUGGCGGAUCUUUUGAUCGGGUGCGACGUGGAGGAUACGGUGGAGGAGUGUCAGAUGGGCGUUAUAGUGAUGGUGGUAAUUUUCAGAGUACCACUGGUCAUUGUGUUCACAUGAGGGGUCUUCCAUACCGUGCGUCCGAACCCGACAUUUACAAUUUUUUCUCUCCUCUGAACCCGGUGCGUGUGCACAUUGAGAUUGGACCUGACGGGCGGGUAACUGGCGAGGCCGAUGUGGAAUUUGCAACACAUGAAGAUGCUGUUGCUGCCAUGUCAAAGGACAAAGCAAAUAUGCAGCACCGUUAUGUUGAGUUAUUCUUGAACUCCACAUCAGGUGGCAGUAAUGGUGGCUAUGGAGGACAGAUGAUGGGAGGAAUGGGAAACCAAUCAUCUUAUGGGCAUGGAGGGCAGCAGAUGGGUGGGGGCUACACAGGAGGGUACAGCAGCCAGUCCAACAUGGGAGGCUACAACGACUACAAUAACCAGAGUGGAAUGAGCAACAGCUACUACAGUGGCAGCCGUGGCUCGGUUGGCAUGAAUGGCAUGGGAGGCGGAUGGGGCAUGUAGAUGCAUCUGAGUGCUGCUGACACAAAGAAAGGAUACAUGUUUUAUUCUUGGUGGAAUUUGUAGGAAGAACCAGAUUUAUUCCUAGCCCACCUGUAUUCUGAAACUCACCACUGGAAUCAGUGUUAUGUUUUCUGUGUUUCCUCUGAGUUGAAGCAUCUGCAGUAGAGCUCAAGUCCUUGCGGUUGCUGUCUAACCCAUUAGUCAUGAUUGUGCUUGUGAAUAUCCUCCAAACAUGUCGGUCACUUCAGAGACUGUAGAACACCAGCCUCAUGUGGCAUAAGGGGGUGCUUCAACUCCACUUUUUAUAAUGUGGAAGAAAGCUUGUUGAAACUGCUUUUUAAAAAUAAACUGGAAGAUGUUUUUUUCUUGUGGCUACCUUACACAUAUUAAUUCUCAUUAUUGUAGAUGUCUAAAUCCCCUAGAUUGGUCUGUCUUUGAUUUUGCAUAUGUAUGGUCAAUAAAUGGUCAUGAAUG